AUGGAGGUGGGCGAAUGGAAACUCCUAGAGCCGAAGGGAGAGGCCAUCAAGGGGCACCAUAAGCAUUCGGCGGUGAUUUGGCGAGAUCACAUGUAUGUCUUUGGUGGCUAUGCAGGUGGUGUCCAGUCAUGUGAGACGUGGAGUUUCAACCUCAAAGAUCCAGAGUGGAAGCUGCUAAGCACUGAGGAUGGACCUCCCCAAGCGCGCAGUGAACACAGUGCCAUUGUUUGGGAGGAUAAGAUGAUCAUAUAUGGAGGCCUUGGUGACCAAGGUGGAAGGUUAAACACAUGGAAUGACACCUGGGCAUUGGAUUUGCAAAGGCGAAAGUGGGAGUUGUUCAGCGCAAACGGAGAACUGAAGCAGCGGUGGUGCCACCCUGCUGUUCUGUGGAACGACCACAUGAUUGUAUGCGGUGGUUUCGAGGGAGGGUAUUUAUGCGACGCUUGGAGCUUCAGCUGGAGACGCAAAGAGUGGACCAUGCUCACUGCUUCCAUCCCUCCAGGUAGGCUUCAGCGCCACUCUGCUGUGCUUUGGCAUGACCAAAUGCUGGUGUUUGGUGGCGAAUCGAUAGACGGGAAGCAAAACAAGAGCUGGAUGUGCAACCUGAAGUCCAAAGAAUGGACACCGCUAAGCUUCAAGGACCUUCCGCCAGGACGCAAUUCACAUUCUGCUGUUGUGUACGGGGAUCACAUGAUUGUCUUCAGUGGUGCCUUUGGUGCUCCUAACCUCAAUGACACUUGGAGUCUUGACCUUGCAAGCAAAAAAUGGAAGUUGCAUAACCCCAAGGGCAAGCUGCCAGAGGCACGCUUUGGACAUUCAGCCGUUCUAUGGGGCAAUCAGAUGGUGGUGUAUGGCGGUCGGGCUGGGUCCGACACCAGCCGCGAGAUCUGGUCACUAAGCCUUACGUUGCCUCCGACAGCCCCAACGCCGCCGCUGGCCCUGGCGACGCCGCGCUCCGGGCGGCUUUGGCUGGACCCUUUGGUGCCGACGCCGCGGCAGGAUCCAGAAGUCCUGGCGACGGUCCGUGUGAUCACCGGCCCAGCCUUGGUGGAGGCCUGCCAGGCGAUGGCUGCGCUGCCAGGCAAUGCUCAGGUCCAGAAGUGGGGGUGUUUGACUUUGAGCCUGUGUGCUGGAUUUGAGAGUGCAGCUGCUGAGGCGAAAGCUCCCAAGUUGAUCAUAGCAGCAAUGAAGGCACAUGUUGAGAACGCGCAGAUCCAAGACUGGGGCAGCCAGGCUCUUGCGGCCUUCUGUGCUGGAGCAGAUCCCGAGAGCUGUGGUCGUAAGGAGCAGGCCAUUGCUGAAGGUGCGCUGGAGGUACUGGUAGCGGCAUCGAAGCAGGCCAAGACCAAGCGACAAGCCAUCGGGGCGCUGGGGAACCUCUGCUCUGGAGAAGAUGCUGGACGUGCUCAGCGCGUGAAGCAGUCGAUAGAUGCUCAAGUGCCGAAGGUUUUGAAAGACGCACUCAAAGAUGACGACAGCUCGAGGACAAUCCGGAAGGUCUUUGGUGCACUGGCAGAGCUGGGCAAGGUGGCCCCGGACCAGGUGUCCUCAGAGAUUCUGGAACUCGUGGAGAGGGCUUUGGAUGCCAAUGCCGGGAACCAGGACAUCCAACGCCUGGGGGAACGCAUCCAGCAAGCAGCUCCGCAGCGGGAGUGCUCCAAAGACCAGCCCACCUACUGGUCGGGCCACAUCGGUGAUGAGGGCUGGGCAGCUUGCCCUGUGACAGGUGAAACCUUGAGCGCUCUCAGGACGAUGUUCGUCGUGAACCAUCCGGCCGAGCUGGGCAGGGGUCGAGAUGCCGACAGCUACCCCCGGAAGUACAACGACCUGCGCGUCCACUGCGCCUGGCGGAUUGAGCAUGAGGAUGGUUGGGACUCGUUUGCCCUCGAGCGGUCCAAGGUGCAAAAGACCAUGAAACGACUUCGUCAGCAAGGGGUGCCGGUUCAACGAUGGCAAAGUAAGCUUGAAGAAGCAUCGAAGAGUUUGCCGGGAUCCACAUACCUCCGCGAAACUGGAGAGAGGUUUUUGCUUCAUGGGUGCAGCCCAGAAGUUGUGCUUGGCAUUCUCCACAGCGGCUUCGAUGACAAAGUCACCAAGAAGGGAAUGUUCGGUGCAGGUUGCUACUUUGCCGAGGACCCCGAGAAAGCCGACCAGUAUGCUCGUCCUGAUCCACAUCAUAAGGCAUCUGGGCUUGAAGAACUUCACGCCCGUUUGUACAAUGGUGAGAAUACGCAUCCCGAAGGGGAUGUGUUUUAUUGUUUCGCCGUGCGAGUCGUGUGCGGUGCCUGCGUUCAAACCAAAGGUUUGGACAAAAGCCGCCCGACGAAAGACGCCCUUAGUGGGGAAGAGAUUUUCUUCAACGCAGACCUAAAGCAGCUGGUUGAGAUUCCUGGCACCACGCCACCUGAAAGGUACCACACCCUGGUGGUGAAUCCCACGUCGGAAUCCACUGGACGCUCUGUGUACAGAAAUCGCGAGGUCAUCUCCUUUAAGGGAGCAAUGACAUACGCCGAGUACUUGAUAGCAUUUACUAGGGAAUUGACUUGA